CUCUCCGAGCCUGCGCGCAGCGCGCUUCUUCCCCCUCCCCUCAGCGCUUCUUGGCCUCCCCACCAUUUUGUGCCGUGAUCGCAAGGUUAGCUGCUUAAUUGUGCCGCGUUCUGCCCCGCGCUCGGGCUUGAGGCGGAAUAUCGAAGGGGCCUUGAUGGCGGAGAGUCAAUCGGCGGCCGGGCUGGGGGACUUCACAUCCCUUGGUGGGGCCGUGGCUCUCGGCUUAGAACCCGAAACGCGCCGGCUGAGCGAGCUGCGAGUCAUCGACCUGCGGGCCGAGCUCAAACGCCGCAACCUCGACAGCGGCGGCAACAAGAGCGUCUUGAUGGAGCGGCUGAGGAAGGCCAUUGAAGAUGAAGGAGGAGAUCCUGAUGAAAUUCCUGUGGCCUCAGAACUGACCAGCAAGAGAAUGCCAAAAAGAACAAGCAAAGGAAGAAAACCAGAAGAUGAAGGUGUUGAAGACAAUGGUCUAGAAGAAAACUCCAGAGAUGGGCAGGAGGAUAUUGAAACAAGUCUGGAUACCCUGCAGGAUAUUGACAUGAUGGAUAUCAGUGUGUUAGAUGAGGCUGAAAUAGAUAAUGGCAGUGCUGUAGACUGUGGAGAAGAUUAUAGUCCUGAUAAUAACAUUCUUGAUUCUCUGUCUGAUAACAAAGACAACAUGGAAGCAGAAAUGAAAGAACUUCCAGACCAGCUAACAGAAAAUGAGGAAGAUUAUGAUGAAAUUGAAAACAAUUUAGAUGCCACUUCUUCUGAUUUAAUUGAAAUGAAGAACAUGGAGAAGCUACACUUGGAGCCAGAAAAUGAGAAAAUACUCGACAUUUUGGGGGAAACUUGUAAAUCUGAACUACUUAACGAAGACACUUCCGAAGCGGAGAGACCACAUGCACAGGAAGCAAGUAACCUGGUGCCAGGCAAGAGGCGAGCAGAGGAAGAGGACGCUCUUGCUGCUGCUCAGGUGGAGGAAGAGGCUUUAGAUUUGGACAGCAAAUCAGCACAAGCUAUGGCAAGGAAGGAAGCGAAGCGUUUAGUUGUAGCAAAAGGGGAGAGAAGUGAACAGACAAUAGAGGAAGAGACCCCGGACUCUGACUCUUUAGGAGUAGAGACCCUCAGUGAUCAGAGUAGCAAACGCUCCCAAGGCCUGGAAGCCUCUAGUGGGGAAACAGCGGCCAAAGGCGCAGGUCCCGAAGGCCAAGCUAGCAAAGAAGAUGGCAAGAGAGCAGAAGACAAAGCUAAUUCUGAGGAAUCCUCUGCUACUAAAGAGUCCUCAAGCAGUGAGGGCGCUGAGCAGAAAAAGAGCCCUGUUGAGGAGGACAGAGAUACAAAGAUAAUCUCAAAGGAUGAGAAAGGUCGCAGUGGUAGCAGUUCUGGUAGAAACUUCUGGGUGAGUGGCCUGGCUUCCACCACUAGAGCUACAGAUCUGAAGAAUCUGUUCAGCAAAUAUGGGAAGGUGGUGGGUGCAAAAGUGGUCACCAAUGCUCGGAGUCCUGGUGCUCGGUGUUAUGGUUUUGUCACAAUGUCUACAGCUGAGGAGGCAACCAAAUGUAUCACUCACCUCCACAAAACAGAGCUCCACGGGAAGAUAAUUUCUGUAGAAAAAGCAAAAAAUGAACCUGCUGGGAAGAAGUCAAGUGAAAAAAAAGAGAAUGAAGCAAAGAAAGAAACAGCCUGUGAGAGACCUGGCAGUGUUAAAAGAGAUGAGAAAUCUGACCAAAAAGAUGAGCCUAAAAAGACAGAUGACAAAGAUGAAAAGGAAAAAAAAGAUAAAGAUGAACUGAAGUCUGGUUCGUCAGAUCAACCUAAGACUGCUAAGUCAGGAAAUAAAGGAUCAGAGAGAACAGUGGUAAUGGAUAAAUCCAAAGGAGAACCUGUUAUUAGUGUGAAAACAUCAACUGCAUCAAAAGACAGAAGCAUUAAGAGCCAGGAUCGGAAGUCAGAGAGCAGAGAGAGACAAAGCAUUGUGCCCUUUGACAAGAUCAAAGCACAGAGAAAAAUGAGGGAGGCAGAGCAGCGGCGCACACGUGAGCGUCGGGAGAGACAGCAGCACCUACAGACCAUUCGUGAACGAGAGGAGAGAGAGAGGCUGGAGAUUGCUCGUGAGAGACUGGAAAUUGAAAGGCAGCGUCUGGAACGAGAACGGAUGGAAAGGGAGAGGCUGGAAAGGGAGAGGAUGCACAUAGAGCAUGAGAGGAGGAGAGAACAAGACCGCAUCCAGCGGGAACGGGAAGAGCUGCGACGGCAGCACGAGCAGCUGCGCUACGAGCAGGAGCGUCGCUCUGCCAUGAGGAGACCCUACGACAUAGAUGGGAGGAGAGAUGAUCCCUAUUGGCCAGAGGCAAAACGAAUGGCAAUGAAUGACAGGUACCACUCAGACUUCAGUCGCCAGGAUCGCUUCCACGACUUCGAUCACAGGGAUCGUGGCAGAUACCAAGACCACUCAAUAGACAGGAGAGAUGGAUCAAGGACAAUGAUGGGAGAUCGGGAUGGACAACAUUAUCCAGAUGAACGCCACGGGGGACCCGACCGGCACUCCCGGGACUCUCGGGAAAACUGGGGGAGUUAUGGAUCUGACAGAAGAAUGAGUGAAAGCAGAGGGAUGCCCCCCCAGUCACGGGAUGGACGUGACUGGGGAGAUCACGGUCGGAAGUUUGAAGGACAUCAAGAUCGUUCCUGGCAGAGCAGUGUGGAUGGAGGAAUGAUGGGCAGGGAUCAUGAGAGAUGGCAAGGUGGAGGUAGAGGUAGACCUGGCCAUGUGAUGCAUCGUGGAGGCAUGUCAGGGCGUGGAGGUUUCAUGCAAGGUGGCAACCAAAGUCAGAUGAUGCAUGGAGGGGGAAUGCAAGGAGAAGGAUUUGCUGGGCAGGAGAGAGCAAACAGACCCAAUGAUCCUCGUUUCAGCCGUCGCUACUGAAUGUGUUUUAAUUUUUAAUGCAAGAUGGCAACUGAGCUGAAUCCAUUCCCCAGGGUUACCAUUAAUGGUAACUUAUGGGCUACUGUAAGCAUAACUUUUUUUUUUUUUUUUUAAGCUGCUGCCAUAUUAUGUCACUCAGUCCAAUGUGAACACAUUUGUUUUGUAAUGUGUUGUUCAUAUCCCAUUUAAAAUGUUUGUUAAUGAAGCAUUCCAUUUUCCAUAAAUAAAAAACCAGUUUCCAGUUAA